CGUGCGCGUGUAGGCUUACUUAACCAACCCCAUCCCCCUACUCUUUCCCCUACCCUUACCCACCUACCCACCCCUCCGUCUCUCCGCCGCCCCCUUCGAAGAAGAAACCCUCAUCGCCCAAUCCAAUCGCACCAAAUCCUGGAAGUCUCGGCCAAGAGCAGCUGAUCGUCUUCAUCCGAUUCUGUCGCAUCCCUACGCGAUCCGACCCAACUCGCAGGAAGGAGCGUGAUGGCCAAGAGCUCGUUCAAGAUGGAGCACCCCCUCGAGAGGAGGCAGUCUGAGGCUAACCGGAUCAGAGAGAAGUACCCUGACAGAAUUCCUGUGAUUGUUGAGAAGGCUGAGAGAAGUGAUAUUCCUGACAUCGACAAGAAAAAGUACCUCGUCCCUGCUGAUCUUACUGUCGGACAAUUUGUGUAUGUUGUUCGGAAGCGGAUCAAGCUCAGUGCUGAGAAGGCUAUUUUCAUCUUUGUGAAGAACACUCUUCCACCAACAGCUGCUCUGAUGUCUGCAAUAUACGAGGAGAACAAGGAUGAGGACGGAUUCCUCUACAUGACUUACAGUGGCGAGAACACCUUUGGGCUGCUUUAGGCGGCGACACAGCAAUUGGGUCAACCCAACACUUGCUUCCUUACUAAUGGCUCCUGUAAAUAAGAAUUGUCUAGCAACUGUGUAUAUUCGGGUGUACCUCCUCGCAAAUCCUCGCACUCUAUUACCAAAAUACCUACAAGAUGUUCUAAGCAUAAAACUGCUGCUUACAUCAAGUUAUGGACCCUGCAACUAGUCCUUAUGUUA